AUGGAAGAUCCUGUUAAACAAGACUUGAAUGCAUUGAUCAAAAAAUAUGACGAGUUCAUUGCUCAUACGUUAAAGCCUUCUUUAAAGCAAGAACUAGACGAGCGAGACUUAAUUUUUAACAGCAUUUCGGAAUAUCAAAAGUUAAACCUGCAAAUUGAAACAAUUGAAGAAAACGACUUGAAAGAAUUGAAAACCAUGGUAGAUCUGGGCUCUCAAUUCUAUGUUCAAGCACACAUACCCGAUACCAGAUACAUCUAUGUGAAUGUAGGAUUUGGUUUUCACGUACAGUUUACAUUGGAUGAAGCAAAGGAAUACAUUGUUAAAAAGGAGGCACACUUACAAAGAUUGGCUGAUAAGCAUACGGUGGAGGCUGACAAAAUUAGAGCACAUAUUAAGAUGGUAGCGAUCAAUUACUCGAUGGAAGUUGUACUUGAUUACGGUAACAAAGCGUACAAGAAGGUAGAGCCAGCAGUACAAGUCGUUUCACCUUAUCUCGAUUCGUUUUCGAAUGAGAUGCAACCCAUCCUUAAUCGACCUGUCGACUGGAUCCUCUUUCUCUACUUUCUGACACACAUUCCUAUUACAAUCUUUUUCGAUCUUCAAUGUCUUUACCCUAAAUCAAUUAUCCCCACAUUCCUUGCACAGCUGAACGGCACUUAUAUGGCACUUACCAACGACCCCUUUAUGGAUACGAACAGACCUACCAUGUAUUGGUUCAAGAGCUUUGCCUUAUGUGAAGCUUUUUUGCAACUUCCCUUCUUCUUCUUUGCUACCUAUGGUGUAUUUAAAGAUAAAUCGUGGGUUCGUUUGCCUCUUGUCAAAAACGGGACUAAACGUUUUAUGCUAGUCUAUGGUGCUCAUGUAAUGACAACCGUAUUACCUUGUCUUGCAGAGAUAAUUUUCAAUCAGGAACUCUACGGCAUUGAUGAUUUCCAGCGUAAGGUCAUCUUAUUUCUUUACACACCUUACUUCCUUAUUCCUCUGAUUGGUCUUGCGGAUGCCUCUAUUCGUAUUACCAAAAGACUUGCAUUCAUUGAUGCUCACUUAGCCAUCAAGAAAGACACCUGA